GGGAUGAUGCAGCCGGGUCGCCUCCUCGUAUAUAACGAUCGGGAGAGAUAACAAGGUACCGAGAGCAAAGAGCAUCUGCAACCUGGAAAGGGGAAGCCAAGGUCGAGACUGCUGCACCAGCAACAAAACAAGGUGUUAGAAAUGGCCAGCACCCUAAAAUAUCUCCUGAUUUUCGAUUUCGAUGAAACGAUCGUAAAUGAAAACAGUGAUGACUCUGUGACACAGGUGGCACCUGGACAAGAACUUCCCGACUGGCUACGACAGACGUUUGAAGAAGGUUACUAUAACCAGUACAUGCAGAGGGUGUUCGCGUAUUUUGGAGAGAAAGGAGUGAAGAUAGUGGACAUUAAAUCGGUCUACGAGAACAUCCCACUUUCACCUGGAAUGCCUGAUUUAUUUCGAUUUCUGACAAAGAAUCAAGACCGAUUUGAGAUCAUCCUUAUUUCGGAUGCUAAUAUGUUUGGCAUUGAAAGCACCUUAAAAAUUAAUGGCUACCAUUCCCUCUUCCGCCGUGUAAUUAGCAAUCCAACGAAUGUCGGCAAGAAUGGACAUCUUAGUUUAGGACCAUACCAUUCCCAUGGCUGUUCUCAAUGCCCAGCCAACAUGUGCAAGAGGAAGAUUUUAGCAGAAUACAUCUCUGAAAGGUCUCAAGAUGGUGUAGACUUUGAGAAUAUAUUGUAUGUUGGUGAUGGAGCAAAUGAUUUUUGCCCGGUGGCUACGUUCACUUCAACAGAUGUUGCGUUCCCUCGGAAAAAUUACCCCAUGCACCAAUUGAUCCGAAAAAUGGAAGAGAAAAAGAAGGGAAGCUACCAAGCAAAAGUUGUCCCUUGGGAUUCAGCCGAAGUGGUCUCACGUUAUCUUCAGGCACUUCUGAACAAGUCAUAGCAAUGGGAAAGAAUAUAAUGAAAUGCAAAAUAGGGAAAGGGACUUUAAGCAUUGAGAAUUUACACUAUGUUUCAGAUCAAUAUAUCUAUGCAAUUAAUCUAUUCUUUUCCACAGCCAUAAAAUAUAGUUUUUAAAAUGUACAAAGGAGGGACGGGUAAUGACGUGUAGGUUGUGUAUUUUUACAGAAUAGUUUAAUGAAAAAAUAUUAUUUAAUGUCCAUAUGAAGAAGAAAAAAAGUUUUUAAUUGGAUAAACCUUCUACAUUAUCAAAAUAAGACGUCAAUUAUUUUCUCCAACAUUUACUAAACACUGAGGAAUAAUUGAAAGAUUUUUGUUUAAACAUAAAAAAAAGGUUUGGAUUGUGUCGAAUGUUGUAUCCAAGAGUUCCUCGUUUUGUCUUUAGAAACUUUAGGAGUUGUGAAGUUGCUUCGUGUAGGUGUGAGUUGUGCUUCCGCUGUACAAAACUGUUACUCUUGAAAACAGUAUUGUGUUUUCACAGUCUGCGUGAGAAUAAAUGAGUGUCACGGGAGAAAUUAGUACACCACGAG